AUGGCAAGAGAUGAGCCCCUGUUAAAAGCUAGACAUACUAAGCGAAAUAAGCCAGUCACAAAAGACAUGUAUUCUACGUUCCACUUUGAUGAGUGGUCAGUGCCUUUAGCAGGACGAUAUGGGGCCGUAGACAUUUUCCGAGGCUUCUCGAAUCACAUUCCUAUUCGCACCGACUAUGUACAUUAUUUUGAAGGAGACAUGUUUGCUAGGAGCGCCCCCCUCAACCAGUCCGGCCCCACUGAGUUCGUGUUCCGCAGGUUCACCACCGCCCCCCAUUUCCAGGCUCUCCUCUUUCUUCUCUUUCUCCUCCUCUAUCUGAUGAUCCUUUGCGGCAACGCGGCCAUCAUCUGGGUGGUGUGCACACACAGCUCCCUGCGCACCCCAAUGUAUUUCUUCCUGUCUAGCCUGUCCUUUAUAGAAAUCAACUACACCACCGUCGUGGUGCCCUUGAUGCUUUCCAACAUUUGGGGGACCCGGAGGCACAUUUCACUGGCUGGCUGUGGGACCCAAAUGUUCUUUUUUAUCACACUCGGUACUGUUGACUGCUUUCUCCUGGCAAUCAUGGCGUAUGAUCGCUAUGUGGCCAUCUGCCACCCGCUGCACUACACCCUCAUCAUGACUCAGAAGCUGUGCAUCCAGGUGGUGGCCUUCGCCCUGGGCCUGGCGCUCUUCCUGACCGUGCAGCUCACGUCCUUAAUCUUCACCUUGCCCUUCUGGGAGCACCUCCGGGAGAUCAACCACUUCCUCUGUGAUGUGCCUCCGGUCCUGCGGCUGGCCUGCGCGGACAUCCACGUGCACCAGGCUGUCCUCUAUGUCGUGAGCAUCCUCGUGCUGACCGUCCCCUUCCUGCUCAUCUGCGUCUCCUACGUGUUCAUCACCUUGGCCAUCCUGCGCAUUCGCUCAGCCGAGGGUCGCCGCCGGGCCUUCUCCACCUGCUCCUCCCACCUCACCGUGGUCUUGCUGCAGUAUGGCGUCUGCGCGGUGGUCUACAUGCGUCCCCAAUCUAGCUCCUCGCUGGAUGAGGACCGCCUAUUUGCCCUCGUUUACACUUUUGGCACCCCCUUACUCAACCCUCUGAUUUACACCCUUAGGAAUAAGGAUGUCAAAAGUGCCCUGAAAAAGGUCAUCAGUGGCAAAGGCACAACUAGAACUCCCUGA